AUGACACAACGCAAAGGCGAGAAACCCACCAUCAGCAUCCAGGAGCACAUGGCCAUUGACGUGUGCCCUGGUCCCAUCCAGCCCAUCAAGCAGAUCUCAGACUACUUCCCCCGUUACCCGCGGGGCCUCCCUCCAACUGCGCCCCCAAGGCGGGCCCCGCCGGGCCCCCGAGCCCUGCCCUCUCCACCUCCACCUCGACCACCGCCUCUGUCACCGCCACCGCCGAAAGAGGAGCCCGACGUGGAGGGAUACGACUCGGACGACUCCACUACAUUGGGGACCUUGGAAUUCAGUUUGCAGUAUGACCAGGAGAACAAUGCACUGAACUGCACCAUCAACAAAGCCAAGGGGCUAAAGCCAAUGGACCACAACGGGCUUUCUGACCCCUACGUCAAGUUGCAUCUACUGCCCGGAGCCAGCAAGGCCAAUAAACUCAGAACCAAGACCCUGCACAACACACUCAACCCUGUCUGGAGCGAGACCCUGACCUACUACGGCAUCACCGACGAGGAUAUGGUCCGCAAAACACUCAGGAUCUCAGUGUGCGACGAGGACAAAUUCCGACACAACGAGUUCAUCGGGGAAACGCGGAUCCCGCUGAAGAAGCUGAAGCCCAACCAAAUCAAAAACUUCAACAACUGCCUGGAGAAACAACUACCUGUCAACAAGACAGAAGACAAAUCCCUGGAGGAACGAGGACGCAUCAUGAUUUCUCUCAAGUACAACACCGUGAAGUCUUGCCUGGUAGUCGGCAUCAUACGCUGCGCUCACCUCGCCGCCAUGGACGCCAACGGCUUCUCCGACCCCUACGUCAAAACGUACCUGAAGCCUGACGAGAACAAAAAGUCAAAGCACAAGACUGCUGUGAAAAAGAAGACGCUCAAUCCAGAGUUCAACGAGGAGUUCUGUUACGACAUUAAAUAUGCAGACCUCACCAAAAAGACCUUGGAGGUGACCGUGUGGGACUACGACAUCGGAAAGUCAAACGAUUUCAUAGGUGGCGUUUCUCUGGGUAUCAAUGCAAACGGAGAGAGGCUCAAACACUGGUUUGACUGCCUUAAAAACAAGGACAAGAAAAUUGAGCGCUGGCACACGUUGACCAAUGAAUUACCCGGUUCAUUAAAUGACUGA